UGUUAUGUUUGAACCUACCAACGGUCCAAAAGUUAAUAAUUGUAUUGAAUGAAAGGAAAAAAAAAAUCGUAUAACUUUUUUUGUUGAAUUUCAUUUGAACUAUCAAUUAUAAAAACAAUAGUAGCAAUAUGGUUUUCUGUCAUCCAGCAGGUAAAUUACAGAAAAUAUCCAAAAAUCAAUGUUGCUAUAAGGUUGAAUUUGAAUGAAGAUUUAAUCUUUUUUCUAAGCUACACUCCCUGGAUUGGCUUAUGUAGCGUUGCUUUUGUGAGUGUUUCUCUUUUACUGUCCUCUCUUGUUACAUCACAUUCAGAAGUAUUGGUUGUGUAACUUUCGUUUCUACGUGUCAUAAUGAAUUUGGCAGAUAUGCUGCCCCAACUAAGCACGUGCUGGUAAAAAAAAAAAAAAAAAAAAGAUAAUGUAACUAUAGAUCUGUCUGUCUGCCAUUGAGGUCUCCUAAAUACUGAUCAGGACUGAUGAGGAUAAACCACCGCUGCACUAUCGGAGGAUAGAAACAUUGAACGCAUCACAGGACGAGAGGCCGAGCUGCUGCACAACCUUCCUCUGAACGGACUGUUGAAUGAUUGGUUUUCAUGCUUUGCUACUUUGAGUACUGUGUUUCAAAUGGGAAAAGAAAUGUCUUGUACUGUAAACUCAGGAUAACGGGAGAGAAAAAUGGAGAUCAUCAGUGCUCGUGGGCUGAGAAGUAGACCUAACUGUCAGAAAAGGCCACAAAGUGCAGCAUGCACUUGAUAGUUUCUGUCUCAAUAAAUUUACUCUUUCGUGGGAAACACACGUGCCUCGGAAGACGCAGUUUGUGAACCGCUCUGUUCUUGGAAUUGUCUCUCGACCUCUGAAGGCCUGAUCACUUUGGCAGAGGGAGCCUUCACAGCAGAAAGGAGAGGAUAUGUGAGAAGCGGGUGAAGACAGCUUCUGUGUUUACGUGCUCAUCCCGUGUUGAGUGGCCACUUUGUGAGGAGCUUUUCAUGUGACCUUUCAAAUUGAAAUUUGGCCAAACUAAAAUCCCUUUUCCCCAGAGUGUUUGCAAAGGGCAAAUCUAGAGGCACCACUGUUCCUGGUCGGCUAUGUGGCCGCUGGCCCGUGUGACUGAGACGCAUCAGAGCGCUCGCGUGUCUGGUUCUGCAAAUACCUCCAGAGGUGGGGUCUCUGGCAGACGCCUCAGUGGGAGCAGCAGCGGUUGGAGGUCGUCGUUGUCACCCAGCUUCCGGAGCAUCAGCGCCAGCUCGAGAGAGGAGCGGUGCUCGUGUGUGUAGUGGCUUAUUGCCUCAUUGGAGAUUUAAGGAGGAGCUCUGCUACAGUAGGUGUCUCAUCCUGUGUUGGAGACGAGGGCGAGACAACAUCUGCCUUGAAACGGAAAAGGAGCUCAACAGGAAAAUUGACAUAAUCCUGAACAGGGAAUCCCAGGCUUUAGCUCGUGUGUUGAUCUGAUUUACAUACUGGUGCCACGCGACAGACGGAGGCAAAGAGAAGAGUCCUGCUGUCGCUGCUCCUCUUCAUCGCCGAUUCAUCUUCAAACACAACGGACCUGAGUGGCUCCACUGCGGCGCCAGGUUUCCCUGAGAGAAGCUCCUGCAGCUGAGACCACAGGCCGGAGCCUCGACCUCGACCUCGCUGCACCGGCUCCCACUCCACAGGUAACGUAUUGAGGAGGCCUGACAUACUGUAGGUAUGUAUUACAAAGCACAUACAGUAUAAAGAAGCUGGUAGGAGGGUGAGUACAUUCAGCAGCAUUAAACAGGUGUAAAAAUCUGGGUAAAAUUUAGAUUUGAGCUCAUCACCUCUGUGUUAAGGUCUGAAGUUUUGAGUCAGUGUUUACAAAAUGCACUUAAAGUUACAAAAUCAGACAUAAUAGCGAAGAUUAGAAGAAAAUUUAUUUCAGACAUUUAUUAUUAUAAAAUAUGGGCUUUUACCUACAUAUAAUACACAUUUUCUUUGAGGCAACAGUUGUAGCAUGGAAAAUGUCAUGUGUCAAACAUGGAAAACAUCAGAACACACAAACCAUGUAAAUUAAAAAUGAACCAGUGACCGACGGCUAAAUAUCAGGAAUUAUUGGAUUUCUUUAAAUUCACGGUUUUGUCUUUGUGGUUUGGUGUCUGUGUUGAUAUUUUUAGUCGCACAUCGUGCGAACAUUGGGAACUAAACAAAUGUAGAAAGCAGUAGUGCUGCCCCAACAUUUCAUCACAGCUGUUGCACAUUUAAAGGUUUAGUCUGAUACUACUAGUAGUACUAGUCUGAUAUAGAGGGUUUGUUUGAAGCACCAAUACCAACAUUGUACAUAUGCUGAAUUUACUUUGCAAUAAUCUCCUGAUGCUGUUUGAGAUUUCAGAAAAUCCGGUUCCUGCCUUUGAAGUCCAUAUACAGGUAUGUGCCAGUACACACAGGACAAUAUAAUGAUGCUAAAUGUAGCAUUCUGCUCUUACAACGUUUUUACUUUGUAGCUUUCUGGUGUAAACGUCUCCUAUUUUUUAAUCUAGUCAAAAUUAAAAUGUUGAGUCUUUCAAGUCGUCCUGUCAGAAUAAGACAACAUUCACAUGAGGUCAGUAGUUGUUUUGCAGAUUGAAAAAUUAUCUCACACAGGCAAAGAAGAAACAUUGAUCUUGGUGAGUACAAUUUAAAUUAGUUCUAAGUUAUGCAGACAAUGCCACAUAAUCAUAUUGUACAUUACAGUUUGAAUAAAUAAAUGGUGCUUCUGGUGAAAAACUGUGUUGUUCUUGUUUUGAGGAAAUGAGUUUGUCCUCUAGGGGGCAGAGUUGUUUAUAACAAAAAUUAAAGUGUGAUUUGUGAUUCAAGUUUAAGAUUGGUUUUCUUAUCUAUUGCUUACAAACUGGCUUAAAUAUAAUUCAAAACAAAAUUCUGUCCAACAAAAUGAGCAGCUGAAACAUUACAGUUGACCAGAAAAGUCAACAGAAACUGGCCAGAAAUGCCGACAGGGAAAGGUUGACCGGCACCGGGCGUUCACCAUUUUACUGUUAGACUCUAUGAACUGAAAUGUAAAUAUAGAUUGGCGCCAGUAAUCACAUCGAAUGAUAGCAGCACGUUCCACCCUCGCAUGCAGAUAAGUCAAACAUUAAAGAAACUUUACACCCAACAUACAGAAAGCGUUUUGUUUUUGCACAUGUAAAACCACGCACUCUCACCAGCUGUGUUCUUUUCCACUGACUCAUCAGUUUUCUCGCAAAGUGACAUCAAACAACCUCAUUAUAUAUUUGAAUUAACUAAGUAAAGUUUGUUUUCAUAGAUAUUGACAUAAAGCGUGACUUAACGUGACAGACAUUAAUAUUUCAAUGUUAUUUACAGCACAGUUACACAACUGUGUCAAUGACUGGUUUGUGUAAAUCGCGUGCACUUUUGAACGUGACGUUCUUCUUGUUAUUGAUUUCAAUUGGCUGAAUAAUGAAGCUGAAUAGCACCUGUCAAAUCGCGUUUCAUUUCACAAUUCAUAUUCAGCAAACUAUUGACACAUCACUGUUCAUGUUAUUUAAAAUGGGUGGCAUUCAGGCCCAAGUUGACUUUUAAGUAAAGAGCAAACAUACGACGUAUUCAUAACACAGAAAUAGAAUGACGUGAGAUUAGAGGCCCUUAAUAAUAAGGGCCUUUUGUAUGUAUUUGUUAAGUGGUCUCUUAUCAGCUCAGCUGUAAUAAGUGUUACAGCGAACAGGCGGAGCAGAGUCUGAUCUCCGUAUAAAAAUGCACGUCUCGUGCUUGGGUGAGGUUCACUAUGGAAAUAAUGAAGUCCGCGCUCACGUUGCUGACCGUUCUGGCUGGCUGUCAGGCUCUUCUCAGGAUCCCCCUGAUGAGAGGAAAGUCCGCUAGGCAGGUGCUGGAGGAGAGGGGCCUGUUUGAAGAUGUGCGGAGGUUGUUUCCAUACGACCCUGCUACAAAGUUCCUCCCCAGGACUGAGCAGGGUGUUGUGCCUAUGACCUUUGACCCCGAUACUACAUACUAUGGAGAAAUUAGCAUCGGGACGCCCCCGCAGAUGUUUAAGGUUCUGUUUGACACCGGUUCCUCUGACCUGUGGGUUCCCUCUGUGAACUGCAGCAGCGCCGCCUGUGACAGUCACGUGAAGUUCAACAGCUCGGCAUCGUCCACCUUUCAGGCGGCUUCAAAGCCUUUCUACAUAUCGUACACCAGCGGCUUCGCAGCAGGGACCACGGGUUAUGACAACAUACAGAUAAGUGACCUCUAUGUGGCGAACCAGCUGUUCGGCCUCACCAGCACCGAGGCCCUGUUCCUCGGAUCGGUCCCCUGGGACGGGAUUCUUGGCCUGGCCUUCCCCAGCAUGUCCUUUGAAGGAGGUACAACUAUAUUUGACAACAUGUGGAAUCAGGGUAAAAUCCCUCAGUACAUGUUCUCCAUGUAUUUAAGCAGUUCCGUAGAGGGCAGCAUGUUGCUGCUGGGAGGAACGGACCCUUCGUAUUACACUGGGAGCAUCAGCUGGAUCCCACUGUAUCAGGCGACAAACUACUGGAACAUUGAAGUGCAGAGCGUCAGCAUAAACGGGAACACGGUCGCGUGCUCGGGGGGCUGUGCAGCCAUCGUGGACUCUGGGACCUCUCUCAUCAUCGGCCCGAGCGGCGACGUGGCCAACAUAAACGGCUGGUUGGGAGCCUUCCCGGACCAGAACGGCGACGCCGCCGUGACCUGCAGCAACACACGCCUCCUGCCCGACGUUGUCUUCAACAUAAACGGCUACAGCUUCUCCCUCCCUCCCUCGGCUUAUAUCAUACAGUCUGCGUCUGAGUGUAAGACCGGAUUUGCACCCAGCACCUCCUGGAUCCUGGGGGAGGUCUUCAUGCGGCAGUUCUACACCGCGUUCGACGUUGGCAACAACAUGGUGGGCUUCGCUCAGGCCGUGUGACGGGAGGACGCGGCUUAAUCCUGGGACAGUGUAAAGGCUCCUUUGAGGAAGUCAUUUUUUUUUUAAUUUCAUAACCACCACUUGCACCAUUUAUGCAUUCACACUUAUACACAUGAGAAAACAUCACCUAUCUGACUUUUAGGGGACUUUUAUGUCCAAACGUUUACCUCCAGUCUGGGCCACUAGAUGGCAGGAGACUCACUGAAGUGCAGCUCAAUCAUCGCAUCAUUCAUGUGGUUCUCCUGGGAGGGGCCUGAGGAGAGGAUGAGUCAUCUUACUUAGAAUUCAGCCUUUAAAACACACAGUCACAUGCCAGUCAUUCACUGCCACCAGGCGCUGGCUUACGCUCAUGCCAUCUGUGAUGUUCAGUGAUCUGAGAUUUUCUUUAGGCUGUUGCACUUGUUCUAAUUAUACUCUUGGAUUUGAUACACAAAGGGAGAGGGGGGGGCUUCAUUCAGCUGUUUUCUAUUUAAACACAUGCGUCAGACAGCUCAGCUAUCAUUAACCCUCUCGUGCCUCCUGUAAGCGCCAUAUUGGCAUUUAACCUACUAGAAUGAAUCACUCUAAAACUCUGCAUUCAUUACAGCAUGUGCAUAGAGCUCUAGUUACGCGUCCCUGGCUGGUACAGGUAAAUAAAGCAACAUGAGACAGCGCGGUCGUCCCUGAAGACCUCCUCAAUCACUAAUGCAGGAGGUGUCACAGGGCAGCGGGUCAGGCAUCACACUGCAGCAUUCAGCAUGUGGGCUGACGCAUCCACACAUACAGCCCUUUUCAACAUUGUGCACUGGGAAGGAUGCAUCCUUCCGACGAUUAUGUUAUAAUAUAAAUCUUGUUUUAAAGUCCAAGUAAAAUGUGAGAUGGUCAGAAUCUGCUGUUCGUUCUAACAAACGGGGGGGUUGAGGCCUCAGCGCUCAGUAGAGCCUAUGGUCAAUGAUCCAAAUAAGGGACGAACGCCAGCCACCGCAAAUGUUGCCAAGAAGAAUGAAAGUGCAAUAAACACGAUCCGGUGGCUGAGCAGUUUCCACUCCAGCGAUCGCCGUGGUCUCCCAUUUCAUCCUUAAGUGAGCAAGCCUGUGUCAUUAGUACGUUACCGAAGGCGGCGCAUCCGGCGCCGCUGCACGUUGAACCUUGUGCUGUAUGUUUCUGAGCCCGCUCUAAGCGCCUCUCACCUGUGAGCCUUCUAUUAAAGGUUUCCCAAAGGA